AUCAAAUUGAUUGUAAGUAUUAAAAUUGUGAUCAUGAUGAACACUAACAAUUAUCAAUCAGCAAUUAACUCUGGUUACACUAAUUAUAAACGGAAGUUGAUUAAUUUGAUUCGUAAUUUAUUGUGUUUACCAAAUCAAUUUGACUCGGUCGAUUUUAAAAUAAUUGAAUUGUUCAAGAAAUUGGAGAAAACGUCAAUCAUGUUCGUGGGAACACGCCGAGGGUAUUCACAGAGUAUUGAUGAACCAAUUCCAAGGAAAAUGUUGAUACUCAACUAUUUGUUUUGUUUUCUUUCAAUUUCAUUGAUGAUUCGAUGUUUUCUAUUAUCAUUGAAUCUCGAUGAAUAUCCGGUCAUCAUAUCGGACAUUAAAGUCUCUGGAAAUAAUCACGGGUUUUUGGCCUUGAUAAGUGCGACUUUCGCUCUCUUGGAGAUCGUGUGUCAUGUAUGCAUAUUAUACAUUGAGGAAAAAGGAGUAUUCGUGAUUCUGUUUAGUAAAUAUUUCGAUAUAAGCAUCGAAAAUUUCAAUUCGAAACAGUUUCACAUGAAUUCGAAACAAUUCCAUCGAUUCAAACGAAUGCUUUACAUAAUAUUAACUCUUUGCAUGCGAAACAUAAUCGUCGAAAUUUCUAUUACUGGUUCACUAGUGCUCUUAAUCAGAUUCGGUUCUUUAUUUUCAUCUUCGAGCAUCGGGUUAAUCAUCUCGUCGUUUUUCUGGUUAAUUGUUGAGUUAAUUGUCUUCACUGGUCUUGGUUGUGGUCUUACAGUUACAAUCUAUCAAAUGUUGAUCUCGGUUACCAUUUAUCACUUUCAAUUGAAAAGUUUAAACGAUAAAGUUGAUGAUUUGUCAACUAAUUGUAACAAUUUCGAUAGAAAAUUGAUAAAAAUCAAUGGGGAAAUAAUUCGAUUCUACAAUGAAGCUGAACGAUGGUUCUCUUCAGUCAAAAUGUUCAUACUAUUCAUCUUUAUUCAGACAUCACUUUUCUGUGACAUGAUGAUAUUUUUGGGUUCAAUGGUUCAAAUAGUUUCGAAGGACUUUUCGAUUCUAAUGAGUUCGACCGGAUAUCCAAUUAUAAUCUUCACCGGUUUCGUUUGCUAUAAUUUAGCUACUCUCCAUUCAAUGGUAAGAAAAUUUAUUCAUCGAAUUGUGAUUCUAAUCAAAGUCCAUUUUUUUAUUCUGUUUCUUAUUUAGAGUAAAUUGUUACACUUUAAGCUGACAAAACUUUUGUAUCGUUCUCGAACUUGUAAUUAUCGUUUCUCGACACCAAAUUUAAAGGUGAAAUUAACAAUUAACAACCAAAUGAAGACAAUUAACUAAUUUUAAUUCUCAUUAUCUCUUUAGACUUUCGAGAUACUUGAUCGA